AUGGAACCAAUAUCACCUAAUCUAAAUGAUCCAGAUUACGAAAAGAAGCGAGUGAUUUUCUGUAUGAUAUUACAACUUGCCACGCAUCUGCUUCGGGAAGCUCAAAAAGAAAUUAAUAAAGUUAUCGAACAGUAUAUUUUAUUCUUUGAAGAGCUGUGGAGCAUAAUCACUAGAGGGGAAGAUCCUACAUCUCUAAUAAAGAAAUUCGAAACGGAUAUGGAAACUAUACAACAACUAAUGAUGCGAGUCCAUACAAUGGCAGAAAAUGUGGUCAAAGAAUUAGAAGAUGAUCUUACCAAUGUGGUACAGUAUAAAGUAACAGAUGGUCGUGUGGAAGAUUCUGACUUGGAAACACUCAAACAAGAUUUCUUGAGGACUCUACAUGACGCUAGAGAAUCAACUAACCAACAGUUCGACACAUUAGAAGAAACAGUUUUAAGAACUGCAACUGAUACAGCAGAUGCUAAAGAAUUUUUCAAAAAGGCCUCACCUGUUUUAGCUGGGCUGGGACCGAAACUAGGAGCACUAUUUCAAAAAAUUGGUAAUUUUAUACAGAAAGUUUUUAUAUCGAUAAAACAAAAAGCUACAAAUAUACUAAAUCAAACUCGUCAAUUUUUCCGCGGGUUACUUGAAACUGUAAGCAAAGAUUUUGCAUGA